GGUGGACGAGGUUUAAGGUGUUGUAGCAGCUCUGCGAAUAGUCUCUGGUCUUAUAUUAAUAAAACCAAACCAGAGAUUCGCCGACUCUUCCUCUUUGUUAUUACAAAACACAAAGGCAAAAAGGCUUCAACUUUUGUAAUUGAUCUCUCUUUCUUCUGUUCCAAGUUUUUUUUCUCCGGUUAAAGCUUUCUUCGAUGGCGAAAGACGGACCUAAUUGGGAUGGUUUACUUAAAUGGAGUCUCUCUCACGCAGACGGUACACAACCAACUCGUCAAUUGAGUGAGGAGGAUAGAAAGUGGUUUAUGGAGGCUAUGCAAUCACAGACUGUAGAUGUAGUCAAACGCAUGAAGGAGAUUACACUCGUUAUGCAAACACCUGAACAUGUUUUAGUUGAUCAUGGAGUCACACCUCAAGAUAUCGAAGAUUUGCUCGAUGAGUUGCAGGAGCACGUUGAAUCAAUCGAUAUGGCUAAUGAUCUUCAUUCUAUUGGAGGAUUGAUUCCUCUUCUCGGGUUUCUUAAAAACUCUCAUGCUAAUAUCCGGGCAAAAGCUGCUGAUGUCGUGAGGACGAUAGUUCAGAACAAUCCUAGAAGUCAGGAGUUAGUUAUGGAAGCCAAUGGUUUGGAGUCACUGCUAUCAAACUUCACCUCAGACGCAGAUGUUCAUGUUCAAACUCAAGCUCUCGGCGCAAUAUCAUCUUUGGUUCGCCAUAACAAAGCUGGAGUCACUGCUUUCAAGCUUGACAAUGGUUAUGCUGGCUUAAGAGAUGCUUUGGCGUCUGAUAGUGUGAGGUUCCAAAGGAAAGCACUAAACUUCUUGCAAUAUCUUUUACAAGAAGAUGUUUCAGACCGCAGUGUAGCCACUGGACUCGGAUUUGCUACAGUGUUGAUUCAUCUUGCGUCUAGUGAUGAUGCUGAGACGAGAGAAGCUGCUCUUGGCGUGUUGCUGGAGCUUGCAAGAGAGAAAAACGAUGGAAGGGGAUGUAGCAGCGUAGAACUCAGGCAACUACUAGAAGAGCGUAUUGAAGGAAUCAGCUCGAUGUCGCACGAGGAUCUUGAAACGGUUAAAGAAGAGAGACAGCUCGUGGAUGCACUGUGGAGUGUUUGCUACAAUGAACCUUCUUCUUUGGGAGAGAAAGGGCUUCUUGUUCUUCCCGGUGAAGACGCUUUGCCUCCUGAUGUGGCAAGCAAGCUCUUGGAGCCUCUUCUCAGAGCUUCUGCAGCAAAUGGUAGUGCCACUGAGAAGAAAGAAGAACCUGUGAAACUACUUUGACCAGCACCAUAGGCGAGAGAACUUGAAGCUUAACUUUAUGCUUUUGUUUGUCUUGUAACAUUUUAAUUUUUCAGAUAAAAAGACUGAUAGAUUUCAGUAUGAAGAAUCUAGUGUUGCUAAACGGUAUCUCAAUUGAUAAAUUUUCUUCCCAAA